AUGGCACAAGUUCGGAUUUCAGAUCCUGCGAUCAGUCAAGCGUAUCAAAGUAUCAUUGCAUCAGACCCUGGUAUUGAUUAUGUUUUGCUUUCAUAUGUGGGUCAGACAAAUGACCUCAAGGUGCAAGAGAAAGGCACUGGUGGACUGGAAGAGCUCGAAGAGAGUUGGAAUGAUGGUCGAAUGCAAUACGCUUUUGUCAGGGUUACUGACCCAGGUUCAAAAUUGACCAAGUUUGUCUUCAUCGCUUGGUGUGGUGAUGGUGUACAGGAGUCUCGCAAAGGUCUCUUCCAUUCGCACACCAGCACUGUCGGGCAAUUCCUCAAAGGAUACCAUGUCCAAAUCAAUGCGCGUUCUGAAGCCGAUGUUGACCCUCAACACAUCUUGAAGAAAGUAAUUGACUCCAGCGGAGCAAAAUAUAGUAUCCAUAACGAAAAGCCCAUGAAAAGAGAGCUUCCUGCUCCAGUGGGUACAAAUUAUCAGCCUAUCGGGCGUCCUGAUAUUGCUGCGAUGACUUCUAAACAAAAACCUACCCCACCCGCUCCUGUCGGUACAUCCUACACGCCCAUGAAGAACGAAUUGGCCGAGAUACGGGCUGCGCGGACAGCUCCUUCAGCUGCUUCCAUACUUUCCCGAGCGCCUGUGUCGAGAGCGAUGGACGAUGAUGGAUUUGAGCCAACUGUCAAAGCUACAACGAUCUCACCGUCUCCACCACCACCUGUCCUCUCCUCACGGCCUACUCCCAAAGCCCCAACUGCUCCUACUCCCUCCAACACAGACUCGAAUGAUGGGCGCCCAGGCUACGUGGGCACUGCGUACACACCUGUGUCCUUAGGUAAGCCAGGUAAACUCGGAGACAGGAUGUCGGCGUUCAUGCAGCCUCAAGCUACGGCAUAUUCUACUUCAUCAAAUACCAGUCCAGGUAAGAAGUUGACGUGGGCCGAAAGACAAGCUGCCAACAAAAGACAAGCGGAAGAAGAGGAGGCUAGAAGUCGCGCGGCAAUCGAUAAUGCUUCCUCCUUCAAAUCGCCUCAUGUUCCUUCUGCCACCAGACCGCCGGCUAGCACAUAUGCUCCUCCACAAAAUAGGCCUGUCGAUGACGAUUUCGACGCGCCAUCUGUACGGGAGAUCCACGCGGAAGAACAAUUAUCUCCUGUCUCAGUCCCGCCACCACCACCGCCGCCGCCGCCACCACCACCACCCCCUGCGCCUGCACCCCCGUCUCCGCCACCACCGCCGAUACCUGAAGCUACCUUUGAAGAUCAUGAGGUCGAUCAUCGAGCCCCAGAAGUUGAAGAAGCUGUUAUGCAUCAGAAGAUGGAGACUCUUGCCCUAGCUUCUGAUCUUGCCGAUGCUGCAGCUUCGGGAGUGGGCAUACGCGCUGUGGUAUCAUAUGAAUACGAGAAGGCUGAAGAGAAUGAGAUGGAUCUAGUCGAGGGCGAAAUUAUUGAGCAAAUAGAAAUGCUCGACGAGGGCUGGUGGAGUGGCGUGGGAGCCGAUGGGACCAAACAGGGCUUAUUUCCAGCCAACUAUGUAGAGGUCAUUGUAGAAGAGGAACCGGUAUCUGCGCCUGUCCCACCAGUAUCUGCGCCUGUCCCACCAGUAUCUGCUCCCGCUCCUCCAGCGCCACCUGCUCCUCCAGCGCCACCUGCACCACCUGCACCACCUGCACCACCUGCCACCUCAGAGCCUGAAAAAGAUCAAGGUCCAUGUGCGAUCGCUGCAUACGAAUAUGAAGCUGGUGAAGACAAUGAAAUCAGCUUCAAAGAAGGAGAAAUGAUUGUUGAAAUCGAGUUUUCUUCAGAAGAUUGGUGGACUGGAACUGACCCAAGUGGAGCUCGAGGUUUAUUCCCAGCCAAUUAUGUUGAAAUGGAAGAAUGA